AUGGGCAUCUCCAGCAUCACAGCUGAAGCAGUCCAAGUUCGCCUUCGCAUCCUCGAUACUCUGAGGACCAAGUUUGAGGCUCAUCACGAUCUCAUAAGGACAACGCUGAAAGACAAAUAUCUCGAGAGUGAGUACGCAAAGGCAGAUUUUAUUGAUAUCGCGGAAUCAACUUAUGUAUCUCAGCGGAGCAUGCUUGUCGAGUACGCGAACAAUCUCAAAGGCGAGUCGUCCACCACGCCGAAAGUUAAGACUCACCAAGAACAGACGCUCAAAACCUCGCUGCCGCGGAUCAAACUUCAGCCAUUCUCUGGCGCAUACGGAGAUUGGCCCGCGUUUCGCGAUAUCUUUUUGUCCAUCAUCGGGAACAAUUCGUCCAUCUCCAACGUGGAAAAGCUCCACUAUCUCCGCACUAGCUUGCAGGGUCCUGCGGAAAAAUUAAUAAGAUCAUUGCCAAUCGUUGGGGGUAAUUACGAGCGGGCGUGGUCCAUUCUAAGCUCUCAUUACGAGAACAAGUGA